AUGCCAAAUUACUGCUCGGUUGUGUUGCCCACUGCGCUUAAAUUAUGCCCUCCAAUAGUUUCUCUCGAUUGCCACUGUCAAGUAUUCUAUAAUAUGCAAUUUCCACUCAAUCUGAAUUUUCGGCUUGGGAGAGGUAGCAGGAACCAAAAGGUUUCUCAGCUGAAGGCUGGCUUUUGGGAUUCCAUCAGAUCAGGGAUUUUGAAGAACAAUACAACACAAGUUAUAGAACCACCUUCCACUACUGAAGAAGAGGAGGAGCCCUUACCUGAAGAGUUUGUUCUAGUCGAGAGGACCCUACCUGACGAUACUGUUGAACAAAUCAUAUUUUCUUCCGGUGGGAACAUUGAUGUGUAUGAUCUCCAAGCCUUAUGUGAUAAGGUUGGUUGGCCUCGGAGGCCACUGACAAAGCUAGCUGCUGCUCUGAGGAAUAGUUACAUGGUGGCUACUUUGCAUUCCAUAAAGAAAUCAACUGGAGAAGAGGGGAAUGACCAAAAGAAGCUGAUAGGCAUGGCCCGAGCUACAUCAGACCAUGCUUUCAAUGCAACAAUUUGGGAUGUUCUUGUUGAUCCUUCCUAUCAGGGCCAAGGGCUAGGAAAAGCCCUCAUUGAGAAGCUUAUAAGAGCACUCUUGCAACGGGACAUUGGAAAUAUUUCGCUGUUUGCAGAUAGUAAAGUUGUGGAAUUCUACCAGAAUCUGGGCUUUGAGCCCGAUCCAGAGGGCAUCAAAGCUUGUAAUUCCUUGCAGCCUUUUGGAGUUCACCAUAUUGCACGUAUUAUACCAUCUCAAACUAAACAAAUUUCAAGAUACUUGAAGUGCAAUUGCACUUGA